UGAGAAUUGCGGCAAACGUUUAUGUAGAUAUAGGAGCCUAGGAGGGGCAUCACGGAAGGUAUACAGAUUACAUUACACAUCAAAACGGAAGCGAGUUCAUCUGUAAACAUAUUCCUGAUGUCAUAAUGGUACAAAAUGCAGUAAUGAAUCAUUCAUUCUCUAUGUCAUAUGUAACAUCCAUAAAUUCCAUGUACGCGUACAUUUAGCUAUAUAGUACACUCAAUCUAUUCAGUAUCUCAAUUUUGGUGUUUUCUUGCCCAUUUGCUAUAAUGUCUUCAACUGUUAUUGCAAAAACCGUAGCUAUUCCUACAGAUAGCUCAGAUACAAUUAAAAGGAAGGAGCUCUAGAAAAAGGAUCGAUGCCUAUAGAAGUUCUCACAAACGGAUGAUCUGUAACGUCCAUGCCUUCUUUGAGCAAGAGAAGCGUGAUGGGCCAAUCAUGCUGGAAAGUGCAACAAAAAGAACGGCAAUGGCGAUGCAGGUAUCUGAACGCACUGUAUUCAGAGUUCAUCGCCAAGUAAACGUUGAAGGAGAUGUGCAUAGUCCCGCAAAGAAAGGCAAGAAGUCUGGUUCAGGUCCUGCUCAACAGGAGACUGACAACUUUCAAGAAGGAGUCAUUCGUCGUAGAAUUCACCGGUUCUACACAGACAGAGAACUUCCAACGAUGGAUAAACUGAUUUUAGCUCUACAACAAGACAUAGAUUACUCAUACAGCAAACAAACACUUCUCAAAACAGUCAAGAAAAUGGGCUUCAAAUAUACAACACGCAACAAGAAAACAGCGUUGUACGAACAACACAGAAUUAUUGCUGCUCGUCAUCACUAUCUCAGACAAAUAAAGAAGUACAGAGAUGAGAGAAGACCAAUAGUGUAUCUAGACGAGACAUGGCUCAACGCGCACCAUACCUUGGAACGAUGCUGGACUGACUACGACGGCAAAAGAGGUUUGAGAGUCCCAUCAGGAAAGGGUGAAAGAUUCAUUAUUCUCCAUGCGGGGUGGAAAGAGGGUUGGAUUUCUAAUGCUGACCUCGUUUUUAGAGAAAAGAAAGGCACCGGUGACUACCAUCAGGAAAUGAACACGGCCCACUUUAUGGAGUAGUUAAGAGAGACGUUGAUUCCAAA